AUCUCCAAAUUUGACUUUUUUCUUUAUUUUUAAAUGUAUUUUUAAAUUUUUUUUCAAGUAUUAAUAUUUAUAGUGAUUGAAAAUAAUUUAUUCAUUUUGGAAUAACAAUUUUUGAAAGAUUGACACGAAAAUGGUGGAAUACUUGAAUUCGAAACUAAUUAUCGGCGCUGUGUUGUGCUUAACUAUUGGUGUCUUUUCAUUGGAUUCACAUGUGGAUGCUUCAGCUAUAAAAUCUAGAAGCAGCUCUGAAGAGAGUUCCGAAGAAAGUAACAAUAUUAUAGAAUGGGGCAGAGAUUGGGAUUGGAACAGAGACCGAGACAAGUAUAAAAGGAACUUUAAAUGUCCAUCGUCUUACGGUACCUUCUCCGAUAUUGAAGACUGCUCAGCAUAUUUCAUGUGUAACAAUUGGAAAUCCAAGUGGAAACCCUGUCAAAGAAGGACCCAUUUUGAUAGGUACAGAAAAGUAUGUCUUCCAUUCAAUAUUGCCAUAUGUGAUGACGGAAGUGAUGACAAAAAAACGACGAAUGAUGUAAUUGGAACCACAACUCCUAGCGCAGCUCCAUUCAAGUGUAAAAGUUUCGUGGGAAUUUAUGCUGAUCCAAAUGACUGUUCCAAAUACUACAAAUGCGCCUUCUUUAAAAAAAGUUUGAAGAGUUGCGAGAAGAAUUUUCUUUUUGACAGAGUCAGGAAACGGUGCAAACCAGAAAGGGAAGUGGACUGUGGAUCAAGAAAAAGACCGAUAAGUGAAACCACAGUCGGUACAACUCCUAUACCAGCAACAUCAGAACCUAUUACAACUUCCUCACAACCGACCACCACCCCACCUACCACUCCACUGCCUACCUGCACCCCACCUACCACUCCACUGCCCACCUGCACCCCACCAACCACUCCACAGUCUACCACCAUCCCACCUACCACUACACAACCAACCACCACCCCACUUACCACUACACAGUCAACCACCACCCCGCCCACCACUACACAACCAACCACCACCCCACUUACCAUUACACCGCCAACCACCACCCCGCCCACCACUAUACAACCAACCACUACCCCACCUACAACUCCACAGCAUUCCACUCCAACUCCAAAACCAACUGGGCCUCCUGAAACAGAUUGUGAUGAGGAUGAUUUGGAUUGCAUCAUUAAAGAAACUGGAGAGAUUUCUGUAUGGUUUGAAUGCCCAGAAGCAAUUGGAGCCUAUCGCCAUCCAAGUAGCAAUAAGCUCUUCAUUUUCUGCAAGAAUUGGAAACCUUUAGUGAAGAAGUGUGGUCAGAAAUCAGUGUAUUCUGAACAAAUGAGAACUUGCGUUGCGCCAUAA